GUCAGCCGUUGACGUGUUUACAACCGGGGUCUUUUAGAUGAACAUCCGGAGCUGGGCAGUGUGGGUCAGCUGACUGUUGUAAUCAACUAGCGGCUGUUGUUAACAUCUCAUCUGAAGAGGAGCGUUAGGUAGAAAAACCAUCUCCUCUGUCUGCCCAAACGCACGGAGCCGCUCGCCAGCCGCUAAGCCCGACAACCGGCCACGUCUUCCCGCCCUCAGCAGGGAUGAGUGUCGGCGCUCCGAGAGGCCUGGCCAGCUCGGGGCAGAAGCUUAUCACGGAGAUCCUCCACCCGCUGUCCGCCGCCGAGGAGCCCCUGUCCCCGGGGCCAGAUGUCACCAUCAGCGCAGAGAAAGAUAAGGAGCCGGGCCUGACCAACGGCACGCCGGUGGAGAUUUCCAGCCCCGCCUCUGCGUCGGUGCUGCUCAGCAGGCUGCAGCUGGACGGUGACCCGGAGGCCGACGCUCACGACCCGUUUGGCUCCGGAGAACCCCGCGACCUCUUCGUCACCGUCGAUGACCCCAAGAAGCACGUCUCCACCAUGGAGACGUACAUCACCUACAGAGUCUCCACUAAGACGACACGGAUAGAGUUUGACCUCCCGGAGUACAGCGUGCGGCGGCGCUACCAGGACUUCGACUGGCUGAGGAUAAAACUAGAAGACAGCCAGCCGACCCACCUCGUCCCCCCGCUGCCAGAGAAGUUUGUGAUGAAGGGUGUGGUGGACCGCUUCUCCGAGGAGUUUGUGGAUACGAGGAUGAAGGCUCUGGACAAGUUCCUGAAGCGAGUCGCGGACCACCCAGUUCUGUCUUUUAACCCACAUCUUAAUGCCUUCCUGACUGCCAAGGACCUGAACAAGCGUCAGGGUCUGGCCCUGCUGACCAAAGUGGGCGAAUCUGUGAAGAACGUGGCCGGAGGCUACAAGCUGCGGGCGCGGCCGGCGGAGUUCUGCGCCAUGGGAGAGUAUCUGGACACGUUCAGCCAGAAACUGGGAACCAUCGAUCGCAUCGCUCAGAGGAUCCUCCGAGAGCAGUCGGAGUACCUGACGGAGCUGCGCGAGUACGGCGCCGUCUACUCCACCUGGGCUGGGUCAGAGGAGCAGCUGCAGCGCCCCCUGGAGGGCGUGGCCGGCUGCGUGACGACGAGCUGCGGCGCUCUGGAGGAUCUGAGCGACAACAUGAGCCAGGACUUCCUUCCUGUUCUCAGAGAAUACAUUCUCUACAUUGAGUCUAUGAAGAACGUUUUGAGGAAGCGAGACCAAGUUCAAGCGGAGUACGAGGGCCGCCUGGAAGCGGCCGUGUUGCGCAAACAAGAAGAUCGGACGCCCAUUCCUGUGGAAGUGGAGAAGUGCCAGGACAAAGUGGAGUGUUUCAACGCUGACCUGAAAGCAGACUGGGAACGCUGGCAGCGGAACAAGAGGCAAGACUUCAAACAUCUCCUCACGGGCAUGGCCGACAAAAACAUAAGCUACUAUGAGAAGAGCCAGGCAGCGUGGGAGUCCCUCAUAACGCUCCUCCAGGAAAAACAGACUGAGGACAAAACGAGCGAGACAAACUGAACCGAACUGAACUGAACGCGUACUUGAACGUCACACUCAGCCAAGCCAAGGAAAACCAGCGACGGGGCAGCAGGUUCUAACCGCCAGCGGUCCGCCUCCUGCUGCCCUGAGACGAACGAUGACGGUGACACGGAGAGCGGUCGCCUUCCACGCCGAUUCGGCCUGGGAAGAAAGGUAAUGAGUGGUGUGUUUGAGGUCAGCUGGGACAGUAGAGAAUCUUCUGUACAGAUCCGUCUUUUUUCCUUUCCUUUUUUUCUAUUUUUAUGGACUUUUUCUACCUAAUAUUUCAGAUUAACGGUCUUUUUUUGUGUGUGUUAUUUUUGUUGUUGUUGCCAAUGCUGCUUGUGUUUAUUUAACUACGUUUGUGGAGAGAGGCGUUUUUCGUCCGCUCUCUCCGUUUUCACACUGAGCCAAAUGGGUAUCGAGGACCGUAAAUGCCGCAGUUCAAUACAUCAAUAAGUUGGUAAAUAAAUAUUUAUAUAUGCGAUAAUUCAAUUAAAGUUGUAAAGAAAUUAACACAUUUAGUGAUUAUUAUUUAUUAAAAACUUUAUUAUAAA